AUGGAUUCCCUUGAGCGCAACAAUACUACAGCUGAGCAAGCUAAAAUGCUUGAGGAUGCACGAGAUCAUCCUCUUCGACCUGGAGUACAACGCCCGGCAGAGUACUUCAGAAUUCUUCAAAGCCGUCGCGAGCUGCCCGUGUCGGCCAUGCGUCAGGAAUUUCUUGACGUUUAUCACAAAAACAAGGUGGUCGUUCUCAUGAGCGAGACUGGGUCCGGCACGACGACACAGGCUCCUCAGUUCGUCUGGUACGACGAGUACGCCAGUGGCAAGGUCGUCGCUUGCACACAGACGCGGCGUCUUGCAGCAAACAGCGCGGCAAGCCGAGUCGCCGAUGAGAUGGGCGUUACCCUUGGUCAGGAAGUCGGAUAUUCUGUGCGCUUCAACGACAAAUCUCGCCCCGACACCCGUCUCAAGUUCAUGACGGAUGGCCUGCUACUCCAAGGGGCCCUCAAAGAUGCCAACUUCUCGGAAUAUUCCUGCAUCAUCAUCGACGAGGCCAAUGAGCGAACCAAGGCGACAGAUAUCCUCAUGGCACUUCUUAAGGCCGCCGUUCAGAAGCGAGACGACCUGAAAGUUGUCAUCAUGUCUAAUGCCAUGGAUGCGGGCAAGUUCGUUCAGUAUUUCGGCGUGAGACAGCCUUUCAACGUGCCUGGACAGUCUCACCCAGUCGAGAUCUACUAUCUUGAAGAGGCAACCCCGGACUGGAUGGUGCAUGCUUUGUAUACCGCAAAGCAUAUUACUGAUGAUAUGCCCCCUGGGGAUAUUCUUCUCUUCGUUCCCACCGUUGCUGGCGUUGUGGAGUGCUGCAAAAAGCUGAACGAAGGGCUCGCCAAUAGGUUGCACGCCUUGCCCCUAUAUGCUGCACUUAAUCGCAGUGAACAAGCCAAAGCCGUGUCUCAGGGCACUACAGAGACUCGCAGAUGUAUCGUGGCUACCAAUGUUGCUGAAACCAGUUUGACCGUUGAUGACAUUGUCUAUGUCAUUGAUACUGGCCUUGAGAUGGAAUCUUCGUACGACCCAAGAGGUGACAUGGAGACUCUCGUCAACGCCGAGAUUUCGCAAGCCGCCGCCAAGCAGCGUGCUGGUCGAGCUGGUCGAACACGACCAGGCGUAUGCUUCCGCCUGUACACAAAGGAGGCACACGAUGAAGAUUUUGCCCCAGACAAAACACCCGAGAUCCAUUCUUCUUCCAUAACCCAAGAGGUUCUUCAGCUCAUGUCCAUGGGCAUUCGCAACGUCGCUAGCUUCGACUUCAUCGACCCCCCUGACACAGAAGUAUAUCUUCGGGCGCUUUACGAGCUCAAUUCCAUGGGAUACAUCGAUGGCCAUGCGAAAAUCACUAGCGUGGGUAAGUUGGCUGUUCAAAUCCCGGUCCACCCCUUGUGGUAUAAUGUCAUUAUCGAGGGACAAAAGCUUGGCUGUGGCUUGGAGAUGGUAGCUUUAGCUGCCCUUGGAUCUACACAGGACCCGGUGUUGUUCUAUCCCCCGGGUAUCGGCGUUGCCAGAAUUGCCCAUAACCGUUUCACCUGCCCGGACUCGGAUCAUAUCACCAAUCUAAACGCCUUGCAUGCGUACGUUCGCACAAAAUUACAGGGCAAUAUGGAUAUGGCACAGUGGUGCUUCGAUGCCUUCGUCGACCAAAGGGUCAUGGAGGAGGUUCUUCAAAUUCGUGAGCAGCUCAAAGCAAAGGUCCAAAGCAUGUUGGUCAUACCGCUUACAUCGGCGCCUUUCGACGAUGGGUUCGAAGACAAGAUUCGGAAGGCUCUAGCACGGAGCUUGUUUACCAACUCCGCUAUCGAAAAGGGCGAAGAUGUCUAUAUGACAAUUCACGAUGCUGUCCCUGCCGUCGUCCCAUUGACCAGUGCUCUCCUCAGACAGGGUUACCAAUGGGUCGUGUUUGACAAACUUAUUGCAUACGGCAGCAGAAUUUAUAUUGAAAAUGUCACAGCUGUCGACCCAGAGUGGCUUGUUGAUCUUCCCUUCUUUCAGGACGACAUGCUCUCGGUCAAGCGCGACGAGGCUCGAACCAUCCGACAGCCUUACGUUAAGGAGUCACUGGAUGCUGCGCGUGCUCGGUUACAAAGCAGCCCCAACUAA